UGAAUCACACACAUCGUGGUAGAUAUAAUACUUUUAAUAAAGUGCGUGUGAAUAUAUUAUAUUCUUCCAACAUUGCGUGCUGCUAGUAUUAAUUUGUUGCAGUUAAUUGUUUAAAAAAUAUAAAUUUGAUCAAUAUACUUUUGCAAUAAUCCUACUAUUCCGCAAUAUAGGAUACGUGUUUUACAGAUCUAGAAUAAAUAUUCCUUUUCUUCAACAUGAUGAUAUUUCCAAAACUAUUAUUAAGUAGUGGAUUAAUUUUUAUUGCUGUGGCAGCAUUUAUUCGUAAUGAAUCUUCAUGUUAUCAACCAUCAGAAUAUGUAAAACCAAUGCAUUACGAUAUCAAGCUUAGUUUAUACAUUGAAGGAAAUUUUUUCUGUGGAGAAUACAAUAUCAGCAUAAGCAUUCUUAACAAAACACAACAUAUACUUUUACAUUCAACAAAAUUAUGUAUUGAAAGUAUAGUUUUAUUUACAAGUGUAGAGAAAAAUCAUGAGAAUGAUACAAAUAUAGUUUAUAAACCAACAUAUAGUACUACAGAAGACACAAUUGAUAUUUUUAAGGAUGAGUUAUCACCAGGAAAUUACAUUUUAAAUAUAAAAUAUUAUGGUAUUGCUAAUAAAGCUUUUACAAUCUUCGACGCGAAAGAAAAAAUUGCUUUGGUAGCUGCUACUCAUUUCUAUAUAAUAAGCACUCGUCGAGUGUCUUCUUGCUGGGAUCAACAGAAUUUAGUGUUAGGAGUAACCUUUAACAUAUCUAUAGGAUGUAAUCAAUGUACGGCUUUGUCAAAUAUGCCAUUGCGAAAUAUGGAAAAAGAUGCGCGUAAUUUGUUAUGGACACACUUCGAUACCACACCUGCAAUGUCGCCUUAUUUUGCAACAAUAAUUGUGUCUAAUUACCUAUUACGUAUUGAUAGUGACACUCAAAACAUUAAAAUGUGGUGCAGAAACGAAUCUGAAAUUCACAUAGAUUUUGCAAAAAAUGUAGCUGAAAAAGUCACGUUGCAUUUAAAAAAUGAAUGGAAACAACGUUCAAACAAUAUUUUGAAGGUUACUCAUGUUGCAAUUCCAAAUUUCUAUGACAGUGGCACAACAGUUUUUGGACUUGUUUUUUAUAAGGAAACAAAUAUCAUCUACGAUAAAAAUUUAUAUCCUAUUGCUCACAAAAUCGACGUAGCUCAAUUAGUAGGACGUAAAGUGACAAAGCAAUGGUUUAAUAACAUGUUGAACAAUCCAUUCGUGUCGGAUUUUUGGUUUAAAAAAGGUCUUAUUACAUUGCUUGCAACGUAUGCUGUCAAUAAGACUUAUCCAGAUUAUCGAAUAAUAAAUUUAUUUGUGAUUCAAAAUCAACAUUACUCUUUUAACUUGGAUAGUGAUUAUUAUAUGUGGAAUUCUUCACUACUAUUGUAUUCUUCACUACUAUUCAAUUCUUCUACUUCACAAGUUAACAGUUUAUUGGAAAUUCCCAAUUUUAUCAGAGCACCCUUUAUAAUGCGCAUGAUGCCACACGCCUUCGAACAAAUAUUUUGGAAAAACAUUCGCACAUAUGCAAAUAGCACGCUAUCACAUCGUCUAGGCUCUGUAAAUAUUAUGAAGGAUGUUGCUUUAAAAAUGAAUAUUGCUGAAAAAAUAACAAGAAUGGAAUAUUGGGCUUCGGAAAAGCAUUGUCCUCUCAUUAAAGUAGAACGAAGUUAUAGUUAUUUUAUGAACCAAACAACAGUAUCGGUACAAUAUAUUGACAUAUUAAAAAUUUGCCACAUUCCUAUAACUUUUACUACCGAAGCACCUCCCAAUUUUUACAAAUUCAUUCAUCAUUUUCUACACGCGUCACAGGAUUUCAAAUUAUCAUUACCAUUUGAAGAGAAUGGUUGGAUGAUAUUUAAUAUACAACAAGUUGGAUAUUACCGCGUUAACUAUGAUGAUAAGAAUUGGCGAAGAAUUUCAAAUUAUCUAAACUCUGAUAAUUACACAAAAAUUCAUGUUCUUAAUCGUGCCCAAAUUAUCGAUGAUGCAUUUCAUUUAAUGAUAGCAGGCCAACUCCAAUUCCAUAUAUUCUGGGAUAUCAUAAAGUAUUUGCAUCGAGAAGAAGAUUAUAUAGCAUGGUAUCCUAUGUUUAAAGCUUUGGAAUACAUAUUUAACAUUAUUCCUGUAACUUCCAUGUUUGGAGGAAAAAUUGAAAAUUUUACGUCGAGAGUAAGGCACGCAUUACACAAGCUACUUGAAAGAAUCAAAUAUAAAGAAAUUGAUGAUAUAGACAGACUUAGAAUAUGUUUACGACAAGAAGCUGCAAGAUGGGCAUGUUUUCUCGGUGACAUCGAUUGUCAGAAAGAAGCCAAAAAUAAAUUAGAACAUCAUCUCCAAGAUCCUACGAAACACAAACUUUUGCCAUGGUGGAAGGAAUGGACAUUUUGUAAUGGUUUGAUGACUACCAACAAUAAGACUUGGCGAUCAAUGUAUACUAUGGGAUUGGAUAUAUCUGACACUAAAUUUGAAGAAUACUUGGCUUGCCUAGAAGAUAUUAAUAUCAUCAUCGAUUAUUUAAAAUAUAAAUCUAUUAAAAUACAAAAAUUUCGUUAUCUUCUUUACAAUUUCUUACAUAUUAUUGCAAAACAUGCGAAGAAUCCAACUUUUCUGGACUACCUAUUACAUAAUUUCUUAGAGAUAAAACCAAAAUUUCUUGAUAUAACUGCAGCAUUUAUUAUUAUUAUUAAUAACGUAUAUUCCGUACAUUUAAUUCAGGAAAUAAACGGAUACGUUGAAUGGUUGAAGCGCAAUGCGGACUUAAUUGAUGAAAUAAAAGAAAAGGAUUUCCUAAUGCAGAAAAUUGAAAGAAAGAUAUCAAUUCGCAAAAAUCAAAUCGAAAGACGAACACAGUAUUUUGAUCGCAUUCUCUUAUGACGGAUGUAAAAAAGUUGCAUUGUGUGCGGAUAUAUUUCAUAUUAAUAAUUUUUAUAUAAUGUAUGUACUAUUUAUUU